AUGAUGAAACAAAUAAUACAGAUAUAUUGGAUGUAUCAGAAGAUGAAAGAGAGACCUGAUAAUAAUAAAAUAAUUCAGGAGGAAAUUAAUGAGGAUUGGGAUCCUAAUUUAGCAGUUGAAGCUUUAUUU